AUGUCCGUGGCCAGGCUCAACAGCGUCAAUGGCUUUCUGGAGGACGGCAGGAUGGAGGCGGGGGACAUGGGCAGGAUCCUCCGCUGCCUGGAGAUGGGCACCGUCCUCACCUUGUUCUAUCAGAAGAAGUCACAGAGGCCGGAGCGAAGGACCUUCCAGGUGAAGUUGGAGACCCGGCAGAUCAUCUGGAGCCGGACGCCCGAGAAGGUGGAAGGGGACAUCGAUAUUCGGGAGAUCAAGGAGAUCCGCCUGGGGAAGAACUCACGGGACUUCGAGCGCUACCCUGAGGACGCUCGCAAGCUCGACUUCACCAUGUGCUUCAUCAUCCUCUACGGGAUGGACUUCAGGCUGCGGACACUCAGUGUGGCUGCUUUCUGCGAGGAGGACAUCAACCUGUGGAUAACGGGCCUCAACUGGCUGGUGGCAGACACCCAAAAAGCCCAGACCCCGCUGCAGAUUGAGAGGUGGCUGCGGAAACAGUUUGAUGGGAUGGACCGGUCGCGGGAAGGCAGCAUCACGGUGAAGGACCUGAAGGCCAUGCUGCCCCAGGUGAACUACCGCGUCCCCAACAUGAGGUUCCUGAGGGACAAGCUCGUGGAGGUGGAAGCCAGGAAUGAGAUGACUUUCUCCCACUUCAUCCAGUUCUACAAAAACCUGAUGUUUGAUGCACAGAAGUCGGUCAUCGAGCAGCUGGAGCUCUCCUUCCCAUUGCGGAACGUGGACCGCCCCGAGCUGUGCCAAGUCUCCCUCUACGACUUCCAGAAGUUCCUGCUGCAUGACCAGAAGGAAUCCUGGGCCAGCGAUGUGGGCAUGGUGCGGGACUACAUGUGCACCUACCUCAAGGAAGGCUCCAGCGAGGCGGUGGACCCCUCCUUCCAGCUGGAUGAGUUCCUCACGUACCUCUUCUCCAAGGAGAAUAUGGUGAUGGAUGCCAAGUAUGAGCACGUGGUGCCUGAGGAGAUGAACCACCCCCUGUCCCAGUACUGGAUCUCCUCUUCCCACAACACGUACCUGACAGGGGACCAGUUCUCCAGCGAGUCCUCCCUGGAGGCAUACGCCCGCUGCCUGCGCAUGGGCUGCCGCUGCAUCGAGCUGGACUGCUGGGAUGGCCCAGAUGAUCUCCCCAUCAUCUACCAUGGCCACACGCUCACCUCCAAGAUCAAGUUCCUGGAUGUGCUGCACACCAUCAAAGAGCAUGCGUUCGUCACCUCUGAGUUCCCCAUCAUCCUCUCUAUCGAAGACCACUGCAGCAUUGUCCAGCAGAGGAACAUGGCCUCCCACUUCAAGAAGGUCUUUGGGGACAUGCUGCUCACCAAGCCAGUGGACAUCAAUGCCGAUGAGUUGCCCUCACCCACCCAGCUCAAGAAGAAGAUCCUAAUUAAGCACAAGAAGCUGGUCGAAGGGAACCUGUAUGAGGAGGUCUCCACCGCCAGUUACUCGGAGAAUGACAUCAGCAACUCCAUCAAGAACGGCAUCCUCUACCUUGAAGACCCCAUUGACCACACCUGGAGCCCCCAUUAUUUUGUCCUGACGAGCAACAAGAUCUACUACUCAGAGGAGACAUCCCGCUACCAGUUCAAUGAGGAUGAAGAGGAGGUGGAGCAGAAGGAGGAGUUCAACAACAACGAGCUGCACUUCACGGAGAAGUGGUUCCACGGGAAGCUGGGAGGUGGCCGCGAUGGGCGACAGAUUGCCGAGAAGCUGCUGCAUGAGUACUGCACUGAGACGGGCGGCAAAGACGGCACCUUCCUGGUGCGCGAAAGCGAGACCUUCGUGGGUGACUACACCCUCUCCUUCUGGAGGUCCAGCCGGGUGCAGCACUGCCGGAUCCACUCAAGGCAGGAGGCUGGUGCCACCAAGUUCUACCUGACAGACAACCUGGUCUUCGACAGCCUCUACAGCCUCAUCUGCCACUACCGCGAGGUGCCGCUCCGCUGCAACGAGUUCGAGAUGCGUCUCACCGACCCCGUCCCCCAACCCAAUGCCCACGAGAGCAAAGAGUGGUACCACGCCAGCUUGACGCGCCUGCAGGCCGAGCACAUGCUGAUGCGGGUCCCGCGGGACGGAGCCUUCCUAGUGCGCAAGCGCAGUGAACCCAGCUCCUACGCCAUCUCCUUCCGGGCAGAGGGGAAGAUCAAGCACUGCCGCAUCCAGCAGGAAGGUCGGCUUUUCAUGCUGGGCAGCUCGGCCGAGUUUGAGAGCCUCGUGGACCUCAUCAGCUACUAUGAGAAGCACCCACUCUACCGCAAGAUGAAGCUGCGUUACCCCAUCAACGAGGAGACCCUGGAGAAGAUGGGCACCACCGAGCUGGACUAUGGAGCUCUGUACGAGGUGCGGACCCCCCACUUCUACGUAGAGGCCAACAAGAUGCCAAUGGCCAGGUGCACGGUGAAGGCUCUCUACGACUACAAAGCACAGCGGGAGGACGAGCUGUCGUUCUGCAAGCAGGCCAUCAUCCACAACGUCGACAAGCAGGACGGCGGCUGGUGGCGGGGGGACUACGGGGGCAAGAAGCAACUGUGGUUCCCAGCCAACUACGUGGAGGAGAUUGUCAGCACGCAAGCGCAGGAGCAGGAUGAGGCUUCAUCGGAAAACAGCCCCCUGGGGAACUUCUUGAAGGGCUUCAUCGAUGUGCCAUCCUGCCAUGUUGUUAUCUCCAAAGACGGGAGGAGCUCCAAACCAUUUGUCUUCACCAUCCAUUCCCAGCAGAUGUCCCACGCAGCCCAGUCGCUGGAUGUGGCCGCGGACACGCAGGAGGAACUCAGCGAGUGGGUGGCCAAGAUCCGAGAGGCCACGCAGAACGCUGACGCCAGGAUGCAAGAGGGGAAGAUCAUGGAGCGGAGGAAGAAGAUUGCGCUGGAGCUCUCCGAGCUGGUUGUGUAUUGCCGCCCAGUGCCGUUUGAUGAGGACAAGAUUGGCACAGACAAGGCAUGCUACCGGGACAUGUCCUCCUUCCCGGAGACCAAGGCGGAGAAGUAUGCCAACCGCAGCAAGGGCAAGAAGUUCCUGCAGUACAACCGGCGCCAGCUCAGCCGCAUCUACCCCAAAGGGCAACGCCUGGACUCCUCCAACUACGACCCGUUGCCCAUGUGGAUCUGUGGUAGCCAGCUCGUGGCCCUCAACUUCCAGACGCCUGACAAGCCAAUGCAGCUGAACCAGGCGCUCUUCAUGCUCGGUGGCCGCAGCGGCUACGUCCUGCAGCCUGACAUCAUGAGGGAUGAGACUUUUGACCCCUUCGACAAGAACAGCCUGAAGAUCGUGGAGCCCAUUACGGUCCAGCUGCAGAUCCUUGGGGCCCGGCACCUGCCCAAGAACGGGAGGAGCAUUGUGUGCCCCUUCGUGGAGGUGGAGGUGUGCGGCUCCGAGUAUGACAACAGCAAGAACAAGACAGACGUCGUAGCUGACAACGGCUUCAACCCUGUCUGGCUCUUCAAGCAGUUCGUCUUCGACAUCAACAACCCUGAGUUUGCCUUCCUCCGCUUUGUGGUGUACGAGGAGGACAUGUUCAGCGACCCCAACUUCUUGGCACAAGCCACCUUCCCCGUUAAGGGCCUCAAAACAGGCUACCGGUCGGUGCCAUUGAAGAACAGCUACACCGAGGACCUGGAGCUCGCCUCCCUCCUCAUCCACAUCGAGAUCAUCAACGCCAAGGAGGAAGACGAGGAGAACCUCUACUCAUCCAUCCAGCAACUACGGGACCGCGCCAGCGAGCUCUCCAGCCAGGUCUCCAGCUACGAGCGCACCAACGGCUGCGACUCCCGCUACCAGCAACGCCUCGACGAGCUACGGGCAGCCCAGGAGCGGCUCAUGGAGCUCACCGAAGUCCGCAACCGCAAGUUGAUGGAGAAGAAGAAGAGGGACCGGCAGAUGGUCACCAAACGCAGCUGA